CUGAACGGUCCGAUAUCAUCCGGUUCUGUUGUUGUGUCAGUUGCCUUUCGCAAACAGACUUCAAACAUCUGCCCAGCACCACGCAACGUAGUCAGUUCGAAGGCAUAAGCUCGGCUAUUUUCGACGGAAUCACAAACUCGUGGGGAUUCUGUUUGAACAGACAAGUCGCAGCAGACGCUGAACCGAGAGAACAGUGUUAUGAUUGCCCGUUUCGAACGUAUCAAUGCGCACGGCAAAGUGCGUGCAAAAAACAGGACCAAAUCGAUCGAAAAGGAGUUUUUAUUUACUGAGUUGGUUCGUGUAGUUGGUAUACUUGGUGCAAAGGCUACCGUGAUCAAGGAAAGAACGAAAAUAACAUUAUCAAAAUGACUGAUCUCAAAGUAUGUGUACAUAUACAAGGAAACAAGACCAGUGCUCAAGUGGAAGAUUCGAGAAAUAUUUUUCAUCUUAAAAUGCAACUUGAAAAUUAUAUCAAGAAGAUGAAAACUACUCGUGAAUCUUCGAUAAAAUUGAUUGACGACUUAUUCAAAAUAUUAGACGAGAAUAAUGGUGCAUUCUAAAAUAUGGGACUACCUUCUACUACUGGUUAAUGGGAUGAAGUAUGUUGCUAGUUUGCAUUGUAAAUUAACUCAGACGAAAAACGCUUUAGAUGUGCGUCGAGAAUUUGAGAAAAUAUGAGAAAUAAUUACGUAGAAGAGAAGUUUAUUAAGUAGCGAGACUCUUAGUCGUUUCCACAAAAAAAAAAAACACAAACAGAAUUUAAAAAUACAAUAAAAUAAGAUAAAAUAUUUUUCUAGUCUUUGUAUUUUCCUAAACGAUGGAGAACAAUGUUUUAAUAAUCAAGACCUUGGCAUUCCGCAUAUUGAACAAGGUAGCGGAUUCACGAGACUGGCGAUGGAAUUUCACAAGGAAACACAGCCAGCGAGCGAUCAUUUCCGUGUAUAUAAAGGUUUUCCUUGUCUUAGUAAAAACCGGUCCUAUUUUGCAUAUUUAACAAACAUUCAAAGGAUCUUUUUUUUUCAAACUUGUACCAAUUAACAUUUUUAUCCCAAGAAGAUGAAAACACGUUCGAUGCAUUAUAGUUAGUUUCGAUAAAAGAAAGAAGUUUAAAGCAUGUCCAUUUUUAGUGUUAUUUCGACGAAUCUACAUCAACGACGUGUUGCAUCGAUCGAUGCACGUUUCGGAGAAAACUCUGCGUUGUUUUGUAAUCGUGAUGAUUUGAAAUGAGAUUUCCUGAACAUAAACGUUAAAACCACACGUUAUCGUAACAAUCAGUCUUCACGCAUUCAUGCUUCAAACAUUCAUAGAUUCAGUAAAUCUCGUGUGUUUAACAUCUCGACAAAAUGCUUCGUCUCGCUCAUUGCGCGUUGCUUCUUGUUGUUUUAAUUCCGAACAAAUCCGGAGGAUACUCUGUGAGUGAAGACGAGCAAAUUGAUGAUUUGAUGGUGUUCUACAUGAAUUUUACGAUAUAUCAAGACAAUGAGACGCUAAAAGAAGCUUUUCGUGAAACUUUCGCUGAAAACAACACGUGGGUAGAAAUAAGCGCCGAUCGAGAAGACGAUGAAUCUGCGCAACAGAAGAUGAAGAAUGGAAGAGAUCAGGCUGUCCCUUUCACGACUGAGUCUCGCAAAAACAAUACUAUUCAGCUCUGCUGUCCUCUCGGUCAUCGUUUCUCCCUCAAACAGGAGAAGUGUCUCGUCGAUAACAUCAAUGUCACUUUCCCGAACAUGUACGAGACCGACGAUCCUCUGCACGAGGUAUUCGACCUGGUCGUUCGAAGUCCGUGCAACAACAAAGCCAGACAUUUCAUGAUCGAUCCCGUGAACUUUCCGGACAGCGUGUACGGAUUUUUCGAAAACGCGUCGGUGUAUUUUUUGCGCGUCAAUUACUUCAUUCCGUCGACAAAGUACUGUCUGGCCACGGUGAAUCAGGAAAGAUUCGAUCUGAUCGUCUGCAGAAAGCAUAUCGCGAUAAGCGUUGACUACGUGUCCGCGGCUAUAUUCAUUUCGUUGCCGUUCCUUCUGAUCACGUUUGUGGUAUACUCCAUACUGCCGGAAUUCCAGAACAUACACGGCUACAUGCUGCGCGCGUACAUCGCCUCGAUGUUCGUCACUAUCACGAUACUCGCCGUGUUUCUGCAACUCUUGCUGGACAAUCCUGUCGAAGAUUAUUCCCUCUGCGCUCCAUGGUCCUACGUGUUCCACUUCGCGAUAUACUCGACCUUCUUAUGGCUGAACGUAACGUGCUUCAACGUUUGGCGGACAUUCGGAGAAUUGCAUUCAAUGCACCAAAGAAGAUUAAAGUCGAACAGAGCGAGAUUCGCGAUUUACUCGCUUUACGCUUGGGGAGUUCCCUUCGUUGUCACUAUCCUGACCAUUGUUAUGGAUGUUGUUCCCAAUAUACCGGACUACUUGAUCAGACCGCAGAUCUGCAAAGCUGGAUUUUGGUUUGGCACUAAAAAAGCGAAGACGCUGUACUUUUACAUACCUAUAGGCAUUAGCUUGAUCUGCAACAGUUUCCUGUUCGUAUGGACCGCGCUGAGAAUACUGUAUCACAAGAAGCGCAUAGACCGUCAAAUGGAGAACUCGGAGAGCCGUUGCCACGACAACAAUAAAGAAAGGUUCUGGGUGUACCUGAAGCUGUUCAUCUUGAUGGGCUUAAAUUGGAUCAUGGAACUGGCAACGUGGUUGUUCGACAACAAACCGUACGAGGUCUGGUUUUUCGCAGAUCUGUUCAAUUCCUUGCAAGGCGUCCUAAUUUUCAUCAUAUUCGUGUGCAAGAAGAAGAUCAUACGGCAGCUGAAGCAGCGAUUCGGUUGGAUUGACAAAAGUCCGUGUUGUCAUUUUAGAUUGAGGCGUGAGAACAGGUCCACUUCAACCAUCGCGCAGAUUAUCACAUCAACGACGCAAUCGGAAGAAGUAGUGCAGGAAAUGCGAGAAACCAAUUCCAACGCGCACCCGAGCGUUUCCGCAACAAGUUCAAAUCGGUCCGGUUGUUAGCCGCCGGAUUGCGCGAAAAACGCAUUAGCUUGUACGUCUUAUUUUUAUUUUUACAAGUCUAUGUCAGAGUACAUGAUUGAAAUAUAUGAAAAAUUACAGAAAUAU